UGAAGUGCUGAUUGGCUAUCUGUCUCGAAGCUCUCAUUCCUUCCCCUCCCCUUUCCUGGAUCCGAAGUGAAAUUAGUAGCAAGAAAGCAUGUAAUUGACAGUCACGUGAGCACGGGGGGCACAGACAGAGAAGGAGAGAAAAAAAUCAAAAGAGGGAAAGCACGCUAGACCAUGCGAGCUAAAUUUGUGAUCGCUGGAAAUCGGGAUGUUAAAUUGAUGCUGAAAAUCACCUUAUUUCAAAGAAAAAGUUUUCUUCUCAGAAGUUUGGAACAGAGGGCCCGUGGGGAAACAUGGCCGAAGGAGGGGCGGGUAAAGGUGGCGGAGAAGACCAAGCGCAAUUGCCAGAGCUGGAAGAAGAGGAAGAAUCCCAGGUUGUUUAUGGAGCGGGCUAUUGUAAAUGGUUCAAUGUGCGGAUGGGAUUCGGAUUUAUUUCAAUGACCAGUUGGGAGGGAAGCCCACUCGAGAUCCCAGUAGACGUCUUCGUACACCAAAGCAAGCUUUACAUGGAAGGAUUCCGAAGCCUUAAAGAAGGAGAGCCGGUGGAGUUCACGUUUAAAAAAUCUUCCAAAGGCUUUGAAUCCUUACGGGUUACGGGUCCAGGAGGCAGCCCCUGCCUCGGCAGCGAGAGACGACCCAAAGGGAAGACUGUGCAAAAAAGAAAAACGAAGGGAGACCGAUGCUACAACUGCGGUGGCCUGGAUCACCAUGCUAAGGAAUGUAACCUACCGCCUCAGCCAAAGAAGUGCCAUUACUGUCAAAGCAUCAUGCACAUGGUGGCAAACUGCCCUCACAAAACUCUACAGCUGCCCACUGGUUCUCAGGGAAGACAUGAAGCAGAACUGCAACCCUCUACCUCCUCUUUCCUGAGAGAAGGGACCUGCUCAGUCCCACCGCAAGCUCAGGAGGGCAGGCCUGAGACGGUGGAGCGAUCAGGCCGUUCCCCCCAAGAAGUUUCCUCAAGCAAGUCUUCUGCAUCCCUGGAAGACCCCAGUAAGAAAGGGCCUUCUGUUCAGAAACGGAAAAAGACUUGAAUGAAGCUUUAUUAAAGUUUAUCAAGCUUGUACCCUCUUUUUUAAUUUUGAUACAGCAUCUACCUCAUACUUGUAAAAGUACAGGGGAAGGGAUUCACUCAAAGCAGCUCCACUUUUUAAACUACUGUCUUAAAACUGUGAAUUUUUUAAUUUUUUUUAUUAUUAUUUUAAUUUAACCUUAACCAAUCCAUCUACACAGAUUGUGGUCCUAAGUGCACAUUUUAAGGAUGGCUUUAAA